AUGCAUGUUGUGGCGCAGAUGACACACACGAGUACUCAACCUUCGAACACCAAAGCGGCACCGUUCUCGAAGCACGAAACCAUCAAAUUCGAUCACUCCGAUGAUAUGCACACCCCGAAAACUGCCGACGUACGACAAGUGAAAACAAGCGUUGAUGCGCUAUGUGCACAAACACAUCGAGCAGCCAUGCAUUUCGCCGAGCUGGUGCACAAUCUUCGUGGUUUAUCACAACAAGAGAUCACCUCAAUCUCAAACAAGGAUUGCACGGCGUUCGUUGAUGGACUAGCGAUGUGUGGAUCAGCCAACUGUAUAGCGCAUUUGGCCACGCUGAUCAAUCACGGUGCUGCAUCCGAGAGUGUCUUCUCGGCGUUGGCAUUUGUUCACAAUCCCGAUAAAGCAGUGAUCGAUCAUGUGGCAUCGUUCAUCGCUCGUGUUCCUCAUCAAGGUCUAUUGGGUGUUACUUCUCUGGUACAAUCCUACUGUUUAUCGCAUCCUCACUGCGGUACCGAACCCGGUGUGAAACGUAUCAUUGACGCACUUCUGCAGAAAAUUCCUCGUGGAUGCACAGUCGGAAAACAUUUCGCUGAAGUGGAGAAAGCAGUUUACGUACUGAAAGCAAUAGGUAACAUUGGAAAUGAGGAUAUCUCAUUGACAUUGCUAAACGAUUGCGUUGCAAAUGAAAAGAAUCCGCUGGAAGUGCAGCUGAGUGCAAUCGAUGCUCUCAGGCGAAAACCAUGCACCGAUAAACGCAAUAAGAAUAUUGAUCAUUUGUUCUUCGAUGAAGAGGAGGAUGAAGAGGUACGAAUAGCGGCAUUUGCACAAUUAAUGGAAUGUGCUGAUGAGGCGAUUGUUGAUAAAGUUAUCGAUCAUUUCCACAACGAAACAUCCAAUCAGGUUGGUUCAUAUGUUUGGUCGUAUUUGAAUGCGAAACGACGUUCGUCGAAACCUGGAAAUGAGGAGUUGCAAAGGAUUCUGAAAAAGAAACACAUCCCACAGCGUUUCGAUUUGGAUCCUCGUCGCUUCUCGCGUUUCUACGAAGUGGGAUACUUCGAUCCUGAAAACAAUUACGGUGGACAUAUGGACUCAUCGGUUAUAUUCUCACCAAAAGGCUAUAUACCACGCGGGGUGAACUUCAACUUCACGAUACAUCUCUUCGGAAAGAGUUUGAAUAUAUUGGAACUGGAUGCUCGGGCUGAAGGGCUGGAGCAGCUUGACAAUGAACUGUUCGGCGCAGAUGGCUAUAUCUCGAAUCCAAACGGUCAUGUCUUCCAUGACAAAAAAUUCCAAUCGCAUAAUGCUAAAGUGAAUCAGCUAAAAGUUUUGUUCCAGAAAAAAGGCGACUUCAUUGAAGAUCAACUCUCGGGCAGCUUAUCUGCAAGGAUGUUUGGUGACGAUGUGAAAUACUUUGCAUUCGAAAAGGACCAUUUCUUCGAGAAUGCGAAAGAGUAUUUCGCAUUGGAUAAGACAUUGCCGAAAUUAGCGAAGGAAAUGAAGUUUGAGAAAUCACGGAAUUUGAUGCUGGUCGACGUACGUCGAUUACUACCAACGGUUUGCGGUCUUCCUCUGCAAAUCGCACUGAACGCAGCCGUGAAAUCGAAAGUUUCAUAUAAAGCAAAAUUGAAUCUGGUCGAUCUAUUGCAUCAACGACCAAAUGCGGAUGCUUUGUUGGAAGCUCAGCCAUCGGCAUCAGUUUUCGCAACACUGUCAGUAUCGUUGUUGGCUGCCGAGGCAAAAUCCGGUGUUCGCUGCGAAUCAACGUUAUACUCAGCGACGAGUGUUUCUGGUGAAGUCUCACUUAAAGAUGGCAAAAAAUUCUUGGCGAAGAUCAAUCUACCUGAUGACGAUGCAAAACUGGUGCAUUAUGAACGGAAGAUCUCACGAAUUGAUAAUAAUCGCAUAACGGCAAUUCCAACACCUCAAGCUCCAGGCUCUAAACAUCACUAUUGUACAAGUUCAACGACUGGUAAAGUGACUGGCCUGAAAAUGUGUGCUGAGUGGCAAAACAAUUAUCCGUCUGUGCUCGCUGAAGUGUCAGUAGAAAAAGUGGACCCACAAUUGAAAUCGUAUGAGCUGAAGAUCGAUCACGAAAGCAGUAGGGGAGAGGAUCUGAGGGAUAUGCGACGAAUGUGCUUUGUAGAAAUGGGUAGAAAUCUGCAAGAUGCUCAUCAAAAGAUGUUGAUGAGCGUGGAUACACCUGGUUCAAAGGUGAAUCGCAAAAUGGAGACCAGUUUUGACUUAUCGAUUCCGCGCAAAACGUUGAAAAUGAACGUGAUAACACCAUUCAAGAAGAUUAUGGUCGAUGGCAAUCUGGUGGAGAAGAGACCCAGGCAGGAAUACGAUGCGAAGUUGAAGUUGAAUAUCGACGAUCGAAAACACUACGAUUUGGAUGGCUCGUUCAAGGCUGGCACACACCAAGGCCGUACCAAAUACACACUAACAGCAAAGACUCUGGCAGGCAGUGCUGAAACGGCGGAUUUGAAGACGGAAAUAGAAUACAGCGGUCGUAAAUCACCGUAUGCAAGUGUUGACUUCCAUCUGGAUAAAGUUUUCGAGAAACCAAUCGUUUUCAAAACAUUGAUGAAUUUGGCCGGUCCACACUAUCAGUCGAAACUGGAAUAUUCGGGACCAAAAUUCAACGGUAAACUCGACGGUGACUUGCACCAUACAGGAGGUUUCUCGUAUAAAGGCUCGGUGAAGGGCGAUUAUCAAGUGGGAAACGAGAAGAAACAUCUGCUGAAUAUCGGUAGCGAACAAACGUUCAAGAUGAAAGGCAAAGAUCACAAUCUGAAGAAUUCCAUCAGUGUUGAGUCAAGUUCGCUGGGUAAAUACGACUAUACGGUUUAUUCGAAACGUGAAGGAAACGACAUGAAGAACGCCAUCGAAGUGGAUUAUCGAGGAAAGAAGUCAACGGUGAACGUGGACAUCAAACGCAAUGCAAACGAUUUAUAUACGGCAAUUGCGACGGCAAAAUGCGAUCGACUUGGAGUGAACCACAAGGCGAAUAUUGCCUAUCAAAAUAAGUUCCCAAUGCAAUUCCAACUGAAAGUUGACGCCGAAACACCGACAAUGAAAAAUAUUCAUGCUGGUGUGGAAUAUCAAAUGAGGUCCAGUCCAAAAUGGACGUUCAACGGAAAAGCGCGAUUGGCCUAUCCAGGUAAAGAAUUCGUGGCCACCGAACAUAUUGACGAACAGGUUGCUGGUAAAUAUAAGGCAGUAACAAUGGUACAAUGGGAUCGAAACGGUAAAGUGGACGUGAAUUCAGAGAUUCUCUUCAAACCGAAGGAGCAUGAGUAUUCAAUAGAUUCAGUGGUGAAUGUGGCCGGUAUGCGUGGGCCAAUCCAUUUGAAGAAACAUGUCAAAUAUCGUCAAGAUCACUACAAUGUUCACUGGCAAGCAAAGCACGGCAAUGUAAUUGUCUACGAGAUAAUCGGCAGUACAAACGGCAAAUUCGGUGCACCGCAGAAGAUCGAUCUCGAUGUGAAGUCACAAAAAUUCGAUCCAAAGUUCCACUAUCAUUUGGCUGGAAACGUGCAACCGACAGCUGAUACGAUGAAGCUGGAUGCGGUGAUCAAGAAGGACAAUCGUCAAGUGGCGAAAGGCGAUAUCCUGGUUCCGAAGAAUUUCAAGGCUCCAUCGCAGAAAUAUUCUGGUCAUUUCGAUUGGACUUACGAAAAUGUUCGACUUUUCGAUCAGUUUCUGAACUCUUACUUCGGCUUUUCACUCAGAAUUCAAUUGAAAAACAUUGUAUUCUGA